GCUGAUGUACCUACCAAUCCCCAGGUCAUUCUUGUUCCAUGUGUCCGCAUUUCAACAUGGCAGCCGUGGAUGUCAUCGUGGACAACUUUGCUGCACUUUGGAGUAAACCUUUUAACCGUGUUAUAUUGGCUCAGAUUUUUUUUGCUAUUUCAAUAGUGGGAUCCUUUGUAAAUUGGACACAGCUCGUUCCGGAGACAUAUUUCAGCAACAGAAGAAAUGUUGUCAAUAUGUAUUUUGUCAAAGUUUCCUGGGGCUGGUCCUUGCUGCUGUUGACCCCGUUCAUCCUCUUCACGUCAUACAAGAACUUGACCUUUGCCCUCCGGCGACUGAGCUCAUUGGUGGUGGCCACAGCCAUUUGGUACACCAUCACCAAGUUUUUUUCCUACAUCAACAAUGCCACAGGUACCUGUCACGUUCCUGAAUCUGAAGCCAUGGAAGUCCCACAUGAUGACAUCACCUCAUGCAGGAAUGCUGGCGGUCAAUGGGACGGCUUUGCCAUCUCAGGACACUCGUUCAUUCUGUCGUACUCUGCACUCAUCAUUGCCGAAGAAAUGGCACCUAUGGUGCACCUGGUGAAGAAGAACAGGAAUACUGUUUUGGAUUUGUUAUAUGUUUCCCUUAAUUGGAUAGUAAUCACCUGGAUAUGGAUGUUUGUGUGUACCUCGGUGUACUUUCAUUCUUUCCCUGAGAAGCUUCUCGGGACAGUUUUGGGGAUUGUGCCAUGGUUUGUCACAUAUCGGAUAUGGUAUUCAAUGCCCUUCUCUCCUGGUCUCCCAUAUCAGCCAAAAGAGCAGAGACAACUAGCUUAAAACCAGCACUACUUAGCACUAGGCUAGACCUCCUACUCUCCUAAUGUAUUGGCUCUGUAACAUGUUUGACUGCCACCUUCAAAACACUCACGUUAAAAACAUUGACAUUCUUCUCAUGUUCCAAGUUGACUGUUGGUAUUUAAAGUUUUUUUUCUUUCCUUCAGAAAGGUCAUUGGACAGGGGGCCAGGGUAGGUUUGCACACGCGGGUCUCGACUCCAUGUGUGGCUGUAGGCAUCUAGUGUUCUUAAAAUGACACUGAUGUCAUCUGAGAUCAGUGCAGUGCAUGGCGUUGAUGCCUAGGCCUAUUCACUAGCUCGUCGUCCCCAGGGUUGGGGUCAAUUUCAUUUCAAUUUAAGCAGUAAACUGACUUUUUUUUAAGAUAAAGGUGUGCACCCCAACAUAAAGAAAAAUGAAUUCACCACAACUCUGGGGGUCGUGCUAUUUGUUUGGAAUACUUCAUCUUUUAAAAGCCAAUGUUGUUCUGAAAGCCUUUGCAGUAUGUGUAUGUAUGGUUGGAGAGUGUCAUUUUAGUGUUAGUUCAUUUUCAGUUUGUUUCAAUUCUCAUUAUUUUAUUUGUGUGGAAAUGUAUAUUGGAGAGAAAUAUAUAAAGUAAUCAAUUUUAGUGGCAAAUGUAGUGGGGAACACUUGAGAAUGUUUACAAUGAAAUAGUUGAAGGUAUUUAAAAAAAAAAUGUGUGCUUUGCCAACUCAUUUUUUUGUAACACAACCCUCCAAAUAGAAAUGAGAUCCGUUCUUAUGUGGUUGUCCCACCUCGCUAUCUUAAGAUGAAUGUACUAACUGUAAGUCGCUCUGGAUAAGAUGCUAAAUGACUAAAAUGUAAAUGCCAAAUGUCUUAAAUGUCCAGCCGUUCUCAAUCAACAAUGUUUUAGUCAUAAGGUUUACAUGGCCUGACAAAAUUAUAUCCUAACUUUUUUUUUUUUACAAAUCAUUAAGGACAACAUGCAAUUAUUUCCAGAACCAAAAGGUUCUAUUCAUAUUAUGGCUACUACUAGCUGUAGGCCUAUCUGUUUAUUCUCAGCACUACCAAGGGAAUAUUCAGCAUGAUGUGCAAGUAAAAUAAAAGGUAUUUUUAGUAGGUUGCCUGACAAUGCAUUAUAACACUUCAUAACCAGGAGAAUUGUCUGUUUUGCUUAGCAUUGCGAAAAGCCAUAUAGUACAAAAUAAGAGAAAAUGCAUUACAUUCAAUCAUGUUGAAAUAACAAUUCUGUAAACUUAUGUUUUUCAUUUUCAGAAUUUAUUUUUCCUUGAUGACAACUGAAUAAAUUAAGGCUUAUGAACAGACAUCAAAAGCACUAAAUAAAUGCAUAUUUAUAAAUAUAAAAAAAUACUAUUGUGAAAUAUAUUGGCCACAAAUAACAACUAGGAUUACUCAACUUGUUGAAUUCCUUGGCUUGAGAGUUAUGUGAGCCAUAUGAAAUAAAUACAUAAUUUGCAGGAACUCAGUUUUAAGAGGCAGUGAAUUAUUGGUAACAAUGGUGAUUGUUAUAAUGAAACCUAGAAAAACACUGACAAUGAUAGGCUAGUUAUGGAAAUGUAAUUUCUCAAUUGGUCUCUGACAUUACACCCAGACAGUGUUAGUUUAUGUAUCAGUGAAAGUCCCAGGAAAAAACCCACCAAAUGAAGUGGAUUGUAGACACACUUGAUUUGAACUACUGUUUGGCUAAUAAUGAAAGCCAGUGUAUUAGUUGAGUACUAGGCUAAAUGUACAAAUGUGUUAACGUGCUUACUUCCAGCAACAACAAAAAAAGCUCAAACUUAAGAUUUUCAAACCUGUGCCAUUUUAUGUUAUUGUUGUUAGACAGGCAACUACUGGUGUCAAAUGUUCUUUCCAUUACAUAUAUCUCCAAAGCUCAACAUGAAGAAAACGCCAGACAGUUAUUCAGUUGUGAAUGUUUUCUUCUCACCAACAAACACCCAAUGUGAUGAGAUGAACUGUGACUUCUCAAAUUGCUGUUUUCAGAUGAACUUGUAGGGCUGGUUUCCCAGACAGACAUUAAGCCUGUCCCUGGACUAAAAAGUUAUGUCAAUGGAGAUUCUCCCUUGAGCAUGCUAUUUAGUCCAGGACUAGCUUUAAUUUGUGUUCAGAAACCGCUUCCAGGUGUGUCUUGACAAGUAUUCAAAGUGAAACCUUUAUGUGAAUCCAAAAUUACACCCUAUUCCCAACAUAGUGCACUACUUUUGAUCAGAGCCUUAUGGUCCCUUGUCAAAAGUAGUGCACUACAUAGGAAAUAGGGUGCCAUUUAGUACUUAAACAUAGAUACCCUACACAGCUGACACACUGUUAAUGAAACAUUGGCCAUCGUUUUUCAGCCAUGCAGUCUGUUAACAACCAUACGCACGGUUACUCUGUUCACUCAAAAAUCUUGCCUUUUCCUUUUCCUACAAGGAAUAAACAUGUUCUUUGUCGAAAUCUGCUGCCCAUGACUUCACAAUGAGAUGGAACUGAAGAUCCAAGGUUUAUCUAGUCUUCUACUUUAAUGCUCUCCUGUCACCUCACUUCCCUCUGCCAUUUUGAAAAGGAGGACGGGGGGAGGACAUGAGGAAAGACUAUUGAGAAAGAGCUAUUUCAGUGGCAAACCAGAACUGGAUCUUACUGUCUUGUAUGUUGUCUUGUUAUGCAUUGAGUGUCAAGUUACUGUAUGUUUUAUUUUUUUACCCAGACCUUAUUUAAAUUGAAAUAAAUCCUUGUAGUUCUACAAUUAUAA